GAAUCGUAUAAAUACUCGGCGUCUUCUUGCCAGAACGUGUACUACACGAUACGGAUACUUCCUGAAAGUAUUACAAACCAAUCGCAAAAAUGCAAUUGAGAGUACUAUUCUUCUUCCUCUUUGUCGCCACCAUCUCCUACGCUAUCGCUGACAGUAGCUCCAGCUCCAGCGAAUCGAAGGAAACAGCGGUAGAUGCACUUAAAAACAUUGGCAAAUCUGCUGACAACAUAGUAAAACAAUUUGGAAAAGGAUUUGCAGCCGUAGCAAAAGGUAACUUGGGCACUGUCAAUUUGACCAAGGUGCUCAAAUCGGUGGAAGAUCGAUUGAAAUUGCCGACUCUCUCGAAAUAUUCGAAGGAGGCCAAAUCACAGAUUGUCGCGGCCCGAGAACAGGUUGCAAACGCGUUGCUCGAAGGCUCAUCCGACUUGAUCGGCGCUCUCAAGGAUGCCGUAGAAUUAGCUAUUCGCGCCUCAACACCUAUCGAAAAUUUGAUAGAGAUCUUCGACACGAUUAAGGACGUGUAUUUCCACGUAGCGGUAAAUAAUUCGAUUGCCAUUGGUCUGAACAUAAUCGAAGACGGUGUUCUGAUAUGUCAAGUCAUAGUCGAAACCAUGAAGGUAGCUUUGAAGGUGUAAGAAGAACAAAAGAAGAAAGAACGAAAGAAAGAAAA